AUGACGAUGAUGAUGAUUGAUCAUGGCGAGGUUAAUGGUGAUGUUGACAUCAAUAAUGAUGAUGACAGCAGUAGUGGUGUUUCCAAUGGUUCAUUGAUAAACUUUAAUAAUGGUGAUUCUUCUGACAGUUCAUUUGUUUCUUCACUUAAUGAAACUUCUUCUGAUUCAUCUGGAUCAGAAUCUGACAUUUCCAACGUGUCAAUUGAUGAAGAUUUUUCCGAUGCUUUAUCCGACGAAUUUUCAAGUGGAACUAAUACCGAUGACUCCGGAGACGAGCAAAAUGAACCUAUAAAUGAAGAUCCACCACUUUUUCAAGGAUGUCCACUUACUUUGUCAGAGAGCCUUUUAAGUAUUCUUUCUCUGACGCUUCGACAUACAAUUACUGGUGUACUUUUAGCAUCCAUUUUACAAUUGAUUCAUUUACACUGUCCAGAGCCAAAUCACUGCGUUCAAUCUUUAUACACAUUCAAAAAUUAUUUCGAGGAAUUAAAAAGUCCAAUCAACAGGCAUUUUUAUUGCACUGACUGUCUUAAUAAUUUAGAUGAUAAAAAUUCACAGUGUGCCAUAUGUGGGUCAGUUGGGAAAUCUAAUUAUUUUAUGACUAUAUCUGUGAUAUCUCAACUACGCGCCAUGUAUGCAAGAAAUGGUUUCAAAGAAAAAUUAAAUUAUCGGCAUAAUAGAGUAAAAUUAUUCCCAGACAACAUUGAAGACAUAUACGACGGAUCUAUUUAUCAUGAAUUAAAUGAACCAGGGGAAUUAUUAUCUGACGCAAACAAUAUAUCAUUUACCUGGUAUACUGAUGGAGUACAAGUUUUCAACAAAUCGAAAUUUUCUUUCUGGCCGUUUUAUUUGGUCAUCAAUGAACUUCCAUAUUCCGAACGAUUCAAAAAGGAAAACCUAAUAUUAGCUGCAAUGUGGUUUGGAGAAGAAAAGCCCUCAGCUAAUAUGUUUCUGCUGCCACUCUAUGAUGAGUUAAUGGAAAUCAAAACCGGAGUAGAUUUUAAAUUAUUUGGUCAGGAAGAACUUGUUAAUGUUAAAGGAAUAAUCAUCUGCGGUACUUGUGAUCUACCAGCGAAAGCAAAAUUUCUAAAUAUGAUGCAGUAUAAUGGCAAAUGUGGAUGUCCCAAAUGCAAGCAGGAAGGAAAGAGAGUUAAUAAUACACAAGUUUACCCUUACAAAAGAAAUAUGGCUAUGCGUACAGAAGAAGAAACUUUGGAACAAGCAGAAACAGUUACAAAUAAACCUAUUUGUGGUGUUAAAGGACCAACAAUUUUAUCAUUGCUGGUAUACAAAUGGAUUCAAACAACUGCGAUCGAUGCUAUGCACUGCGUUUUUGAAGGAAUAAUGAAGGCUCUUCUGAAAUCUGUUGCUGAUAGAUUUAAUGUCAGCAAAUCCACGGCAUGGGAGUGCACGAUGGACGUAGCAACUGCUCUCUGUGCAGAUGUACAACAUCAUAUUCGCUGGCCCAGAGGCGAAGAAAUCGAAACAAAUGAACGAGAAUUUCGAGAAAUUGAUGGAUUUCCAGGAGUUAUUGGACUCGUGGAUGGGUGCCACAUCGAAAUAAGUGCGCCUCACGAGAACGCUGCAAGUUAUAUAAAUAGAAAGGGCUAUUAUUCUAUCAAUAUGCAGGGCAUUUGUGACGCAAGGAGGCGCUUUAUAGAUGUCUUUGCUGGUUGCCCUGGAAGCGUAAAUGACGCAAGAGUAUGGCAGAUGAGCGAUAUUAAACAGGAAAGCGAACGUAAUAAUGAUGAUUACUUUUCCAGACAAACGCACAUCUUAGGAGAUAAAAUUUAUCCGACUGAGUUCAAUUUGUUACCAGCCUAUAAAGAAUACGGUAAUUUACUUAGAGUUCAAAGGCACUAUAAUUCAGUCCACGCGAGAACGCGACAAAUAGUCGAAAGGACCUUCGCCCUGCUUUUGUCUCGUUUUCGUAGACUAAAAUAUCUUUUUCUCCAGAAUGUGGAAAAUGCAUCGCUAAUUAUUUUAGCAUGCUGCUGCCUUCAUAAUAUUUGCUUAAAAUUAGACGACAUGAUUGAUGAGGAUGGAAUUGUGAAUGCUGAAAACGACGAUGACAAUGAAGAAUUUGACAAUGACGAUGGAGCUCGACUGGAAGAAGUGCUACCGGAAAAUCCACGUUUUAAUGCAGAAAUUAAACGAAAUAUUAUUGCUAAUGCGUUGUAUGAAAAUCGCCAAGGAUUGUAA